AUGAGGGAUGGCCAGGAUAUCCCCGGAGAGUUUGAUAAUGAGAGUCACGAACCGCAAAUUGCAGACGAUGGACCCGAGUCGAGUCUAAUCCCAGUAUUGCCCCCACGCCCCAAGCGGAAGCCGUCGUCGCGGACUGUGGAGGAAACAAUUGCACAAGGACUGUCCAAUGAGGAUUUAUGGAUGCUGCUUCGACGAUUUGAUAAGCAAAUUUACCACGUCAAAGCCGUACACGAUGUCGCAGCGCUGAACUUGGAUCUCAACCGCACAGAGAACGAGCAAUUUCCACCCGAAAAAUUGCGCAUGACACUUGAGCGAUUCUACACAUCUGUUAUAGUGGGCGUGACCGAGUUCAUCCGACACAUCACUCGACUGCGAUCAUGGAAGGAACCCCUGCGGACGUCGCUUUUCUGUGGGGGUUACUUUGUUGCGUGGGCUGUUGAUCUCCUUGUUCCAGCUAUACUGGGUCUUAUCGUCGCCUUGAUAAUGGUCCCCCCGGUCCGCCUAGUAUUGUUCCCAGGCCUUGCCAAGAAGGAGGGAGCCGAUAAAUCGAAAGGAAAUGACUCUUCGCCAACCCAGCCGCAAUCCCAGGAUAGUCUGACAGGCGCACCAGAGAACCACAAGGGUGAAGCUGCUGAACAAGAGGCCAGAAACCUUGUCGACAGCUUUGCCACUGUUGCAAUGGAGAGUGCGGCAGCCAAGUACGGUCAAACAGUUACUGAAGAGGAGCCGGAUAGACCCUUGAUUACGGAGGGAAUAGAGGCCGCAGAAGCUGCCGCGGAAUCUCCGAAUGGUGAUGCCCCCGAAGAUAAAACCAAGAAACCCAUGAAAAAGAAGGUUUCGCACGCGACUGAUCAGGCAAUGCGAGUGUUGAGUGAUAUCACCGAUGUCUAUGAGAAGUUUUCCAAAACACUUUUGGUCGGUGUCCCAACAAACGCACAACUCACCUUGACACUUCUUCGUAUUGGCGAGAUUAAUUCAACCCCAUUACCACCCCCUCCAACCCCCGGUGACAAUGAUCGUGUAUGGCCUCUCCGACGGAAGAAGUCUCAACCAACGUCCACAGAACUCGCCACACAGGGCUCGUCUACUAGCCUUCAAUCGACGAAUUCUGACAUGUCACUCCCGGACGCCAAACCAAAGAAGAAGACGAUUUUCCGAAUUCUCAAGUUUUUCCGCCGCACAAUUGCAAUCGCAAUCAAGAGUCACAUUGCAUUUGACCGCGCAAUAGCAAUUGCUGGAUCUGCUCAUACCAAGAACCUGAUCGACAUGCUGCAAAAUCGACACUUUGCUGCCACACCGUACGGGCCACUGAAGUUCGACGCCAAGUAUGAGCGUAAGAGAGGUGCCGCCGUCAUAGACUCUUCAAAGGAACCGCCUAUUCUGUAUUUUACAACAUACCAGUCCUCUGGAUUGGAUGACCUCCGCAUCGAGAGUCGGAAGAAGGGAUCGGUCUUAUUCCAAAUUCCGGUCACCGAAAUCAAGGAAUUGAAGAAGACUGAAGGACUGGGGUGGAAGGGCAAGCUGAUCGUUGAGCUCACGGCUGGUAGCAAGGAAGCUGCAGAUGGACUUGUCAUUGGGGGCGAUGAGCUCGGUCAGACCUACCAUCUCACAGGUAUGAGGUCUCGGAACCAGCUGUUCAACCGACUUGUUGCCAUUGAUGCACAAUUUUGGGAAAGUCGUUAG